AUGGAUGCGCGGCUGGCGGCUCCCCUCUGCUGGCUGGUACCCGGGCACGGAGCGGAGCCGGGCCGCACCUCCCCGGGGCCCUCACCCGCCUGCCGAAAAGCAACGAGCUCCCAAACUGCCCGAAUAAUCCCAAAAGGAUGCUUGGUAUAUGGCCUCAAAAUGGACAAGCUGGAAAGGGGUUCUGGAAUCAGGAGAAAUACCUUGGUUAGGUCUCAGCAAACAGGAACCAUACUUCUGGGGCACCCAGCCUCAGCUCCUUCUGUGUCCUAGCAGCACCCAACUGAGCAGAACUGGCAACCUGCACAAAUGGCUACCUGGGCCUGGGCAGAGAAGCAGGUAGACCAGGUCCAACAGGAUAAGAUCUGAGAGUCUGUGGAGGCUGAACAGAAAGGAAGGAGAAUCUGGUACCAGAACUGGAGUUUCCUACAGGACCAUGACCAAAUGGGUAAGAAGAGAAAGGAGCAGAAGCCACUGCUAAACUAUAUGUCUGUGUUCUCAAACAAAGUUCCCAACUCAACCAACCAAACUACUGGCAGCCAAAUGAAUACUGAGCUUGGCAGGGCUCUGGUAAAUAUGAUCUUCAGCAGUGCUGCACAAAAGAGGAAACUUGAGGGUGAGCUCCAGCUUUCUUUUUGCUUCAGUUACAAUAUAACAGCAGCAAACCAAGUUCUUUCAAGGACUUCAGUGGCAGAGGGAAGCUCAGCAAACAAGGUGACCACUGUGACCAGUGUGAUCACUGAUCCAAGUGGUCUCAGUGCUGCGGUCAGACCCGUGCGAUCCUUGCUGCAGGAAUUAGUUACACGGCACUCCAGAGAGAGUGACCUGAAAACCACGGGCGCUGGAGCAGUGGGGACUCUACUUUGGGGAAAAAAGCUGCUCCAGCCUACAGCUCCAAAGCCGGAGCUGACCUGCACUGCCCCAGGGUGA